UGGAUCAACCGCCCCUUCCCCCGAAGGAAAUUUCAAAACCUAUCAGCAAAGCAGAAGUUAUCAGGCGAAAACUGCGAGCGCAGACCCAAAAAGCGCGAAAAUGGCUCUGGCCGCGAGGCUUAAUCUGCGAAUGCAAAAGGAGCUCAAGCUCCUUCUCACCGACCCCCCUCCUGGCUCCUCGUUCCCACUUCUCUCUGCCGACCUCGACUCCAACUCCAGCCCAAACUCCUUGUCCACCAUCGAUGCCCAGAUUGAAGGUCCUGAAGGGACUGUAUAUGCCGACGGGGUGUUUCACGUCAAGAUUCAAAUACCCGAAAGGUACCCAUUUCAGCCACCAAGUGUGACAUUUUCCACACCCAUCUACCACCCUAAUAUCGACAACGGAGGCCGCAUUUGCCUUGACAUUCUUAAUCUUCCCCCAAAGGGGGCAUGGCAACCAUCACUAAACAUUUCGACUGUGCUUACAAGCAUAGGGUUGUUAUUGAGUGAACCUAAUCCUGAUGAUGGCCUAAUGUGUGAUGUGAGUAGAGAGUACAAAUAUAACAGACAAGCUUUUGACCAAAAGGCUCGAUCAAUGACUGAGAAAUAUGCCAAGGCUGGAGCUAGUAGGAAUUCUUCUGGCAGUCAAAGCAUUCAAACCAACUCAAAUUCAAGCAUGCAGAUGGAAUUGAAAACAGCUAGUGGAGAUUCCAGACUUGUAGAUGAGUGUGUUGCAGGUGGAAUUUGUGGGAGUAGGUGGAAUUUGUUGCAGAAUUCCUCAGGAUCAGCCCAGGAAAGGGAUACUAGUGGGGAAGUGAAUGAAGGGCCUAAUGACCGCACUUCACUUCUAAAUUACAAGAACCGGAUGGAAAUUGAAGGAGCCAAAAAAGGGUCAAAAGGCAAGGAGGAGUACCAUCGAGGUCAGGAAAAGGAACAUCAUACGAGGCGAAAAUUGUCACUGGAAACUUUUGGUCGAUUCCAGAAUAGAGAAGGCAAUGACGAUGAGAAUCUAGUACCAAAUUGCUGUCUGUUACCCAACCCACAGGAGCCUAUUGUGGCUUCUCCAGGAUCAUCAUCAUUGCCAAAGGCUGGCAACGAUUAUGAUCAUCAAGGACAAGAUAAAAAAUCAAUCGACAACGGCAUAAACAUGAGAUCAGCAAAGAAGCUGACUGUUGGCAAUAAGCAGCUCCCAGGAUCUUCAAGCACAUGCCAGAUUACUGAUAUCAUGACCUCCUCUAACUAUAAGUCCCAUGCAAAUGCAUUUCAUGGGCCUUGCCAGUUCCUACAGCUGUGCUGUAUUGAAAACCCUUGUAAUUCUUUUGUUGAUGAAAUGAAAAAUGGCUACAGUGAUACAAAUUGUAAGACGCUCUGUUCUGCUGGCAAGAAGCUUUCAUUGGGGUUCAGAGGCUCAUCACAGACACAAGAGAUGGGAAACAAGGAAAAUGUGGUUCCAGUUCAGAAGACAUCACUUCUGCACCCCACAGGCCCUUCUAUGUGUUCAUCUACACCCUCAAUGCUGUCAAAGGUGGGGGACUGUUAUGAUAGGGAAUCUGGGAUUGGUAGUUUAGGUGGGAGUCACAAGAAGUGUAUGAUUGGUCGAAAGCUGUCGUUGGGUUCUCUGUCUCAAAUACAAGGGAGUCAUGAUGACAGCAUGCAGAUGCUGUCACACUCUAACAAACACUCUGAAGAUCCACACAUGAACCGCCAUAUGCAACAACAUUGCAAGUGUGACGAUAAGCGGAAGUUAGAUUGUGAUCAUGGAAUGGAUAUUGAUGAGCAGAUAAAGCGACAAAAAACAGACGAAUCACCAAUAUCGGAAUCUGUAAUUGUUCUUGAUAGUGAAGAUAGUGAGGAUGAAGGGCGUGUCUCUUUUCGGUCUAACUCAUUGCUAGCACGAAAGCGCAUUGGGAAGCGGAAAGCUAAAGCUUGAAAAUUGUCAGUUUUCAACUUUGCUGUUCUGUGUUAGCUUUCUGCUUAGCAACUUUAUCUUCUUGAUUCAAUCUGGUUUGGUGCUUGAGAAUCUGUAAAAAUUAUUGUUUUCUUUCAUGUUCUACACCUUGUAGCAAUAAAGGCAUAAUGAGGUAAGAACAUGUUCAAAUUAGUACCGAAAUAUCUAAAAAGUACAUUGGCUGCAUUUGGAUAUU